GUAUUCUUUUAAGCCCACUCACUGGACUUCAAUAGGGAAUUUAAUAAAGGAAAAAGGAAGAAAUUGAGGGUUUAAGGGGACUGGAGAAAGGAGUAGAAAGUACCUCUAAUCGGGUAAACAUACACAAAACAUUCACUCAUUGAUCUUAUCUCAUCUCAGUGAUCCUGCGAUGGUUUCCAUCUCCACUUUGUUGCGCUAUGUAGGCUGCAGGAUGGAAUACGCCGCUAGGGUUGGCAUGAAGAGCUAUGAAAGAGGUGCCAAGGAUGUUGACAUAAUGAAAAAUUUCUUUCAAGGAAAGUUGACGUUUCUGCACUUCAAUAAAGGGGAAGAGAUGGCUCCAACAAUAGGAUCUCAGGGUGGAACUCUUCUUGUGCGAAAAAUACCAAUGCCAGAUGCCAAGCGGGUUUUUGUCGGGGAUCUUGUAGUUCUGAAGGACCCUGCAAAUUCAGAUGAUUAUCUUGUUCGUAGAUUGGCUGCUAUUGAAGGGUAUGAGAUGGUGUCUACUGAUGAUAAAGACGAGCCUUUUGUUCUUGAAGAUGAUCAGUGCUGGGUGUUGGCUGACAAUGAAAAUAUAAAGCCCAAGCAGGAAGCCCAUGAUAGCAGAACAUUUGGACCUGUUUCCAUGACAGACAUAGUGGGCAGAGUUAUAUAUUGCCUGAGAAAUGCUGUCGACCAUGGUCCUGUAAGCAAUAGUCAGUUUAGCAUGCGGUAUGAUUCGCCCAUACUGGAAGUUGAACUAGAUGUUGAUGAGAUGGUAAAGAAUCACAAAGCAUAGAGCUACCGAGGAAGAAAACAGCUAUGGUCCUCUUGGUUUGAAUGAUGGUGGCCGGUUUAGUAUUUUUCCAUAACAAGGGAAGAGUCCCCAACAAAUGGUUACGUCUUUCUUUCGUGUUGGACGCUUCAACCAGCCUGCGCUUGAGUUGUUUGUCCAGUGUAUUUGGACAUUUUCCUGAUCUGAACUCUGAAAUCGACAGGAAAACAUUCGAGUUGAACCGACUAUCGUGCUGAAGAAUGCUUGUUUGCUUAGAUUUAGGCUUUGACCUUGUCGUUAACAUGUAGGGUAGGCAAAUUCUUACAAGUAUUUAAUAUCAUUAAUAGUCUGCAUAAAAUAACUCUGCUGGCUCAGUUCUUCUAAUUUGUGUGUUAUUGACAUGCGGUUGACUGCAAGCAUUCGGUCUUGGAUUGCCAUUUCGG